GUGAGCAGCAAUUAGAUGGACUCUGUUGCCUGGGCAAUAUCAAGUGUUUGGUUAUUUCCUGCUUCUGCUUGCCUUAUCUUAAGGUGAUUUUAAUCUUUUCCUUUUGUCAAGGAGGCAGUAAAGCUGGUGAGUGAGAGGUGGGUGAUGGGAGUUGUACUUCGAUGGUGCCUGGCACGGUUUAGGCAGCUCACUAGUACUAUUGUGUGCCCCACAGCCUGGGCUGGGAGGGCAGGGUGGCCCUUUUCUUCUGGCUGCCUCUCGGUUAUAGCCCGCAUCAUAACAACCUACAACCCUAACCAACCGGUUUUUCUAUGCAGUUAAAACAAGUCAAAGUCAAAUGCUUCUCCUGCGCACACAGGGCGCUGCUGCUAGCGGGCACCUCCCUCCUCGCACCCUGUUGAGUAGCUAGCCCCAGAGCCCUGCCUGGAGGCGGCUGCUUCCCUGGAGGGCAAAGGAGAGGACUUGGGGCCGCACUAUGAAGGCGCUGAGCGAUUUCCUGGGCGCGCUGAGUCCCAGACACGAUGAAACGCAGCCGGCGGCGGAGGCACCCGCAGCCGACGACGAGACGCCACGGAUUGAUGGCGAUUCAUCUUGCAGCUUGGUCUGGAAACCUAGACAUAAUGCGAAUGUUAGUUAAAGCAGGUGCUGACCAAAAGGCUACGGACCAGGAGGGAAUGAAUGUCCUGCACUUUGCAGCUCUGAACAAUAACGUUGACAUAGUGGAUUAUCUUCUCCAGGAACUUCAGCUGAAGGACCUAAACAAGCCAGAUGAGAAAGGUAAAAGGGCAUUUCUUCUGGCAGCUGAAAAAGGCCAUGUUGAAAUGAUAUACAAUCUGAUUUCUCUCAAGCUGUUCACCUCUGAAAAAGACAAGGAAGGAAACACAGCAGUGCAUCUAGCUGCUAAAAAUGGUCACUGUGAGGUGCUGGAAGUUCUGUUAAAUCAAUGGGAAGAAAUAAAUGAACUCAAUCAGAAUGGAGAAACACCAUUUUAUUUGGCUGUUGAAGGAGGUCAUGAAAAGUGUGCUGAGCUGUUACUGGAAGCAGGAAGUGACAUCAACAUUUCAAAUAAACACAAUAGUAAUGCUUUGCACAUUUCAACGCAGAAUGGACAUACAUCCUUGGUCACGUUUCUUAUCAGUAAAAAUAUCGAUCUGGUUCCUAAACCUGAGCAGAAUUCCCCUCUCCAUUUGGCUGUCCUCAAUAAUCACCUUCCUAUAGUAAUUAGCUUCUUGGAUGCUAAUUAUGACAUAAACGCCUUGAAUCAGAAGCAACAAACCCCUCUCCACCUGGCAGCUGAUCUUGGCAAUGUGGAACUAGUGGAACUGCUGCUAAAGGCAGGCUGUGAUCUCAAGAUUGCUGACAAGCAAGGAAAAACUGCGCUGGCUGUCGCAUCCAGGAGCAACCAUGCCCUCAUUGUUGAUAUGAUUAUUAAAGCAGAAAGGCAUUACAGCUUGAAACAGGAACAUCUAGAAAACCAAGUUGAUGCACCAGAUUUUAUCCUAUCCUUCAAACAGGAUCACAGUGCACAGACUAAGCAAAUCCGUUCCUGCCUCUGGAAUCUGGCUUACAAUCAGUUAAAACCCCAAGAAUGGAAAAAGCUGGCCCUGUUCUGGAAGUUUACAGAGGAGCAAAUUAAAGCUAUUGAAGAACAGUGGACAGGAAAAAAAAGCUAUAAAGAACAUGGACACCGAAUGUUGCUCAUCUGGUUACAUGGUAUAUUGCUGGCUCACCAGAAUCCAGUCAAACAUAUAUAUGAAGAUUUGGUGCAUGUAGGAUUUCAACAAGUAGCUGAGAAAAUCAGAGCUGAAACGAGCACUGAGAUGGAUUCGAGGAAAUGUGCAGUUUCAUGAACUUUAACAGAAGCUGUCAUAGGCUAUGUUCCAGAUGGAAAGUCAUUUGUAAAUACUCUUUCUAGAAAAGAUCUUACAAUAGAACCUCAGAGUUACAAACACAAACAACCUCCAUUCCCAAGGUAACUCUGAAAUAUUUGCAAUUCUGAACAAAACAUUCUGGUUGUUCUUUCAAAAGUUUACAAUUAAACAUUGAUUUA